UUGGUGCUGCCUGGCGUCGGGGCGCGGGGCACGCUGGGACGUCUCGCUGGCGGGAGGCUACGGGCUUUCCACCGAGCGGGGAAACGGGAGGCUGCAGGAUGGUCAAGCUGACGGCGGAGCUGAUCGAGCAGGCGGCGCAGUACACCAACGCGGUGCGGGACCGGGAGCUGGACCUCCGGGGGUAUAAAAUUCCCGUCAUUGAAAAUCUAGGUGCUACGUUAGACCAGUUUGAUGCUAUUGAUUUUUCUGACAAUGAGAUCAGGAAGCUGGAUGGUUUUCCUUUGUUGAGAAGACUGAAAACAUUGUUAGUGAACAACAACAGAAUAUGCCGUAUAGGUGAGGGACUUGAUCAGGCUCUGCCGUGUCUGACAGAACUCAUUCUCACCAAUAAUAGUCUCGUGGAACUGGGUGAUCUGGACCCUCUGGCAUCUCUGAAAUCGCUGACUUACCUAAGUAUCCUAAGAAAUCCGGUAACCAAUAAGAAGCAUUACAGAUUGUAUGUGAUUUAUAAAGUUCCGCAAGUCAGAGUACUGGAUUUCCAGAAAGUGAAACUAAAAGAGCGUCAGGAAGCAGAGAAAAUGUUCAAGGGCAAACGGGGUGCACAGCUUGCAAAGGAUAUUGCCAGGAGAAGCAAAACUUUUAAUCCAGGUGCUGGUUUGCCAACUGACAAAAAGAAAGGUGGGCCAUCUCCAGGGGAUGUAGAAGCAAUCAAGAAUGCUAUAGCAAAUGCUUCAACUCUGGCUGAAGUGGAGAGGCUGAAGGGGUUGCUGCAGUCUGGUCAGAUCCCUGGCAGAGAACGCAGAUCAGGGCCCACUGAUGAUGGUGAAGAAGAGAUGGAAGAAGACACGGUCACAAACGGGUCCUGAGCAGUGGGGCAGGUGCAUAAUAAUAGGCCCUCUUGGAACAAGUCUUGCUUUUCCAACAUGGCAUAAUAGCCUUGUUGGUGUUAGCAAAGUGGAAUCUGUCAGCAUUGUUGAAAUGCUUAAGACUGCUGCUGAUAAUUUUGUAAUAUAAGUUUUGAAAUCUAAAUGUCAAUUUUCUACAAAUUAUAAAAAUAAACUCCACUCACUGUGCUACCAA